AUGAGGUUUGUAAAUGUAGACAAGAGGCUUGAUGAAUUUGGCAAGGUGCUUCGGAAUGUCCAAGCUUCAAUUCAGUCCCUUGAGACCCAAGUUAGACAUUUUGCAAGGGCAAAUUCUGAACGUCCCCUGGGUAGCUUCCCAAGCAACACCGAAAAUAACCCAAGGGAUUUGAAGGCCUUGACUUUGAGGAGUGUGAAACAGUUUGAGGCAAAGGCUAGUGAGGGCCCAAGUGCCUCUAAUGAAAGGGUAGCCGUCCAAGAAGACCCUACUCCGACUGAGAAUUUGAGUGACAAAAGUGGGGGAAAACAAGAUGAAGUGUGUUCCAAAUCUUUACCCCCAAAGGUCCCGGAGUAUAAGCCUCCUAUGCCCUAUCCGGUGAGGCUUAAAAAAGAUAAGGAAGAUGCUCAGUUCAAGAAAUUCCUUAACAUCUUCAAGCAACUUCACAUCAACAUUCCCCUCAUCGAUGGACUUUCACAAAUGCCCAAGUACACAAAAUUCAUGAAAGAUCUCCUCGCCAACAAGUGGAAACUUGAAGACUUGGACACUAUGACUUUUUCGGGAAAUUGCUUGGUUGUGUUCCAAAAGAAGUUACCAAAAACGUUAACUGACCCAGGUAUUUUCAUCAUUCCUUGUAUGCUUGGGGAAGGGAUGCAAGAGAAUGCUCUAGCUGAUUCUGGGGCAAGCAUAAAUGUGAUCCCCUAUACUUUGUUUCUGAAGUUAGGAUUGGAUGAUCUCAAGCCUACAAGAAUGAGACUCCAAUUGGCAGAUCAUUCUAUUAGGAAGCCCCGAGGGGUAGUCGAGGAUGUGCUUGUAAAGGUUGAUAAGCUGAUUAUCCCAGUGGACUUCGUGAUACUUGAUGUAGAUGCGGAUGUCGAAGUCCCUUUGAUCCUCGGGCGCCCAUUCCUCAACACUGCCGGUGCCUUAAUCGAUGUCAAGGGAGGGAAAAUGACUUUGAGAGUGGGAGAUGAGAAAGUGGUUUUUACACUCCUGGAAGCUAUGAGACAAACUUUAGAUCAUGAUGACCCAUUAUUUUUCACUGAUGCAACUGACAUGGUCAUCUCUGAUUGUGUGCAUGAGGUUUUGGCUUUAAACCCUCUAGAAGAGUACCUUGGGACCUUGGAUGACAAGGAAGAUAGAAUGAAGACUUGUAUUCCCACCCCAAGGGAACAUGUUAAUUUUGUGGGGACCAAUCCAACAAAUAGUCCCAAAAAGAAGAAAAAUGUGAAAAAAGUGUGGCGAAAGGUGAACAAGAAGUCUAAAGGGCGAGUAAAUUUAACGCUAUCACCGCCGAGGUAA